CCUUGAGGAGUUCGGCGGUUCGGUGUGAGGGGGGUUCGGCCCGGCCCGGUCCGGCCAGGUUUGGUCGUUUCACGGGAUCCCGCUCGGCUGCUGCCUCGGCGCCCGCCGCUCCGCCAGCGGGUUCUCCCCUCAGGCCCAGCGGAUGGGCCCGGGCCGGGCUGAGGAUGUCUGGGAGCUCCUCGGGAAGGCCGGGGGCGCCGGCAGAGGUAACAGAUUGGUUGGCACGUUCAUUUGAUGACUUCUUUGGGAACACAAAUAUUUCUUCUAGUGCCAUACCUGUGAAGCCCCUAGAAGGCAACUCUGGAAGGAAGCAGAAGAAGAAGGACCUGCAUUUUGUGCCAGAAAGCAGAAAAACCAAAGUUCUGCCUAGGAAAAGAGCAAAGUCAUCUUCAGUGGAUCAGUCUUGCAACAAGUCCAAGAACUGGAGCCAGUCUGAUGAUGAGCCAUGGGUAGACAGAUACAAACCUGAAACUCAGAGUGACCUUGCUGUGCAAAAGAAGAAGAUUGAAGAAGUUGAAACCUGGUUAAAAAUGCACAUAUUUCAGAGACAGCCAAAGCAGGGUCACCCAGUUUUACUGCUCACUGGGCCUCCUGGUUGUGGGAAAACUGCAACUAUUCAAAUAUUAGCAAAAGAUCUUGGUGUCCAGGUGCAAGAAUGGACCAAUCCAAUAUCUGUAGACUUUACAAAAGAAGAUUUAAGAAACACAUUUGGCCAUUGCUCAGAUCUUCAUUCAUUUCCAAGUCAGGCCCAAGCAACUCUCUUUCAAGAUUUUCUAUUAAGAGCAAAUAAGUAUAACAAACUUCAGAUGCUUGGGGAGUCCUCAGAAAAUGAUAAAAAACUUAUUCUUGUUGAAGACAUACCUAACCAAUUCUAUCGAGACCCUAGCAGUCUACAUGAAAUCCUCAGGAGAUUUGUUAGAACAAGUAGAUGUCCUCUUGUAUUUAUCAUCUCAGAUAACUUCAGUGGAGACAGCAACCAGAGGCUGCUGUUCCCAAAGGAAAUUCUAGAGGAGUUGUGUAUAUCCCAUAUUAGUUUCAAGCCUGUUGCACCAACAAGUAUGAUGAAAGUUCUUAAUCGAAUAGCUGCAACAGAAGCUAGUAUGAACAGAGAAAAGAACUCUCCUCUUGAUAGAAAUUCUCUGGAGCUGCUUUGCAGAGGUUGUUCAGGUGAUAUAAGAAGUGCAAUAAACAGUCUUCAGUUUUAUUCUAUGAAAGACUGUUCAUUAGAGAAGGAAUUUUGGUCAAGGAAAAACAGGAACUCCACACUAAAAUGUGAAGGAGCAGAAGUCUCUAAAGUAAGAAAGAAAAGUAAAUCUGACACUUCAGAAGACCAGGAGAUACAAGCUAUUGGUGGCAAAGAUGCUUCCAUCUUUCUUUUCCAUGCUCUGGGGAAAAUACUUUACUGCAAAAGAGAACCAGUGUCAGAAUCAGAGUUUCCACAGCUGCCUGCUCACUUAUCAGAAUACCGCCGAGACACCUUGCUUAUUCAGCCUGAGGAUAUUGUGGAAAAAUCGCAUAUGCCUGGAAGCAUGUUUAAUUUAUACCUUCACCAGAACUAUGUAGACUUUUUUUCUGAUAUAGAUGAUGUAGUGAGAGCCAGUGAAUAUUUGAGUGCUGCUGAUGUCCUUUGUAGUAACUGGAGCACACGGCUUGUGAUGGAUAAAUACAGCACAUCUGUGGCUACCAGGGGGGUCAUACAUUCAAAUACAUCCAGAGCCUUUGCCCACCACCAAGGAGGGAUGGGGUUCCGGCCUUUACAUAAACCCCAGUGGUUCUUUAUCAGUAAAAAGUAUCAAGAAAACUGCCUUGCUGCAAAAUCUCUCUUUUCAAGCUUCUGUUUACCACCAGAGUGUCUUCAGACAGAGCUAUUGCCUUAUCUUGCUAUGUUAGCAAAUCCAAUGAGAAACCAAGCUCAGAUUGCUUUUAUCCAAGAUGUUGGAAGGCUACCACUGAAAAGACAUUUUGGGAGGUUAAAGCUUGAAACACUUACUGACAAAGAUCCUGGGAUACCAGACUUAUUUGAUACCUUGGAGGGGGACCAUGCCAAUGCCUGUGCUAUGGAGAUGACUGCACAGAUGGAGAAAAACAAAAUGAGUGAGAAUGAAUCAGAUGGAUUCCCUCUGUCUUCGAGCCAGUGCAGUGGAAGUGAGCUGCCUUGCAGCCAGCCUCAGCCUGUUGCAGCUCAAGCAAUCAUGGAGGAAGAUGAAUUAAAAAUAGAGGAAUAUGACAGCGACUGAGUUGAGCAAAAUAUCAGCCCCUGACUUGCCUAACUGGAUUAAUCUGGUACAAGGGCAAGAGUCUGGACUGCACAGAAAUAAAGUUUGAGCUGCUCUGGUGGGUGAGGAGGCCAAGUCUACACAUGCUGUGUCAGAACCGGGACAACUCUUCUCAGCUUUCUCAUAAAGUCACAGGAUCAGACCUGAGCUGAAUGCUAAAUUGCAAGCUAUUCCCUGCCUCUCCUGAGCCAUGAAACAAUCUAUAUUGAUAAAAAGAGAAUAACAAAUGAAUUAAAUUAGUUUGAAAGAGACACUAGAUAAGCAGCUUCACUCUUAACUUAUUUUUAUUUUUUACACAUUUUAAUUUACUUUGCGGUUGUACAGUGUGUUUCCUGAGUACAUAUUUCUUGAGUUUGUUAGGAUUUGAAGGUCUUACUAAAAUUCAUACCUUCAAAAAAAAAGCUGGAAGCUUGACCCUUCUGGAAGAAGAGACUGAACUUUAAAUGUAGAAAGUUUGAUUACCUAUACUGAUGAUGUCAAUAAAACUACUGUACUAAUACUGUUUUGUACUCAGCCACAGAUUUUUAUGUAAGUUGAACAUACGUUGUACAACAUACUAUUUUGAAUUCCUUUUUGAAAGAUAUUUUCUUAACUUAUGGAGAUGGAGGGGAUAAUACAACAAUCAAGCAUAAAUCCUUUUUGUCCUUUGUGUUCUGCAGGAAGUUAAUGGUGUAGUGUGCAUUUUUUUUCUUCUUAAGCUGCAGUUAUGUUGGGGGGGGGGAGAAUGAUCUUGUGUUUGGCAGUGGACACACCAGAAGUGUUGUGGUGUCUGAACAGACUGCUCCAUACUUCAGUGUUUCUCUGAACUGGGAUUGGUCCAUGCAAAUGAAGAUGUUGCUGUAGGUAGAGAUACCACAGAUAUAAGAAAAAAAAUGAAACCUUAAGAGUGUGUGUAAUUUAUGUUUGCAUUUGUGUUGCUUACAUCCAAAGUUUAGCAGAAGAAAAUACAUGCAUAUCCAUUAUAACCUUGGAAUUAAUGCUGCUAUUAAAAAGUUCAUUUUUGUCUUAUGG